CUUAUAGAAGCAACACAACAUAAGACAAAAAUGACUUUUAUCUUGAGAACUAUCUUGGUCCUUGCAUUUUACACAAAUGGCUGUGCAGGGGACAUUUUAUUGACCCAGACUCCUGCAGUUGUCAUGGUCCAGUCUGGAGAGUCUGCCACGAUCAGCUGUAAAGCCAGUAUUGCCAUUGAUAAUGACUUAGCCUGGUACCAUCAGAAACCUGGAGAAGCUCCUAAAUUCAUCAUUAACUUUCACACAGGUUUUACUUCAGGUCGAUAUCAUGGAACUGGAUAUGAUAUUGAUUUCACUUUGACCAUCAGUGGAGUUCAAGCUGAAGAUGCAGGAGAUUACUACUGUCAGCAGCAUGAAGCUACUCCGUUCACACAGUGAUACAGAGCCAUACAAAAACCUCCCUCAGCUAAAGUUAUCUAAAUCUGCUUGCUGGGGACUUUCACAAAUGUUGUGUUGAACUACAAUAUUAACAUUUAUCAUCACAAGGAAUAUCAUGACAAAUAAAGGCCCCCCUCUUCCUCUCUCCUCUUUGCGACUCUUGGUUUCUCCCCUGCGGCUGAUGUAUUCAUUUGUAUGGCAUGUGGUGAAUCAACGAAAUGUGAUGCACUAUGGGAAGGUCGAGGAGUUUGUAACUGUGGUGACUGAAGCGGUUCCAAAGUUGCUGAGUUACAAACAGAGGGCUCAACUCAUCCUGGGCUUGAGAGCAAGGAUGAUCUUGGAGAUGUUCCGCAAGGAUUGUCCACCUAACCCUCAGGCCAUCCAACGUCUCCUGGGAAAGAUGAACAUCAGUGCGUCCACGGGGCAGCAAGAUGCGGUAGUGGAGGAGUCGCAGGCUAACUUUGUGGCGCUGGUCCAAACCCUUCUGAAAAACCCUUAUGAGAGGAAGCACUUCUUUCAGGAGGAGUUCCAUGCACAGUAUGGUUCCAAGUAUGACACAGCACUGCAGGCCCUUGUAGGAGGCUUGGUCUUCAGACUGGAACAACUGCUAUCUGUGCCAGAUCUCUCCCAGAUAGCAUCUAUGAUCAGUGCUGCCCCCUCUGACCUGGAGGAGUGUGGACAGUCUGUGUCUGACCCUGAGCACCUGAAGAUCCUCCUCCAGCACCAGAACCUGCUAAAUAAAACCCAGUUCAACAAAAAUGGACCCCCACUUCCUCUCUCGUCAUUGCGACUGUUGGUUUCUCCCCUGCGGCUGAUGUAUUCAUUUGUAUGGCAUGUGGUGAAUCAACGCAAUGUGAUGCACUAUGGGAAGGUCGAGGAGUUUGUAACUGUGGUGACUGAAGCUGUUCCAAAGUUGAUGAGUUACAAACAGAGGGCUCAACUCAUCCUGGGCCUGAGAGCAAGGAUGAUCUUGGAGUUGUUCCGCAAGGACCCACCCAACCCUCAGGACAUCCAACGUCUCCUGGAAAAGAUGAAUAUGUUGGGGCAGCAAGAUGCAGUUGUGGAGGAGUCGCAGGCUAACUUUGUGGCGCUGGUCCAAACCCUGCUGAAAAACCCUUAUGAGAGGAAGCACUUCUUCCAGGAGGAGUUCCAUGCACAGUAUGGUUCCAAGUAUGACACAGCACUGCAGGCCCUUGUAGGAGGCUUGGUCCUCAGACUGGAACGACUGCUAUCUGUGCCAGAUCUCUCCCAGAUAGCAUCCAUUAUCAGUGCUGCCCCCUCUGACCUGGAGGAGUGUGGACAGUCUGUGUCUGACCCUGAGCACCUGAAGAUCCUCCUCCAGCACCAGAACCUGCAAACUAAGAUUCAGUUUGUACCUGUCACGUCCUCUGUAGGGGACUGUGUGCUGUCCUCGCUGUCCUUCCGCUUAGCCUGUAGAAUGCAGUCCAUGCAGACAGAUUUUGUCCAGCCAGCAGAAUCAUUAGAAGCCGCUCUAAGCAUCAUGAGCCCUGCCUCCUUCAGUGACUUGGAGGAUCUGGGAAUGAUAUCAGAUGAGUCGGACAAUGCUGGAGCAGUAACUACUGUGGAGGGAGAAGAGCAGAAUGCCAGGGAUAACGGAGGUGGGGUGAAAAAUUCUGUGCUCGACAGUGAAGAACACAAUGCACUGCCAAAGAACGACGUAGUCUCACCUACUCCUCAAAGUGUUAGCAGGCCAGUGGGAGGGCCAACAACAGUAGAGAGCAUGCUUCCAACAGAGAGACACAAAGAGCUUGUAACACUGAUGAAUACUUUCAUCACCGAAGCCUCUCCUUCACAUAGUGUCAUCCCUGCCACGGUCACCGAUGGGAACCAACCGGGUAACCCACCGGUCGAAGUAGCGAGUGUCCACCAGUGGGUCUCCCACAUUGUAAGUAACUCUGUCUCACUCCCUUCCUUGCCACCCCUUCCACAAAACAAUGAUGUAGACAAGGAGAUCCGGUCAGGUGACACAUGUCUUGGAAGCAGUGUGGUAAUUGGGGAUAAGGAAACAGAAGCCAAUCUUUUUGAGAAGGCUGUUAUCCGAAGGAGACUGGUGCCCAAACCACAAAGAAUAACGGUACCCUCGAAAAGGAAAAUCCCUGAGGCAUCCAUCAUUUGCCAGGAGUGUGGGAAGAGUUUUGUCUAUCUGUCUCAGCUUGAAAAUCACCUCCGCAUUCACACAGGAGAGAAACCUUUCAAGUGCACUGAGUGUGGCAGGGCCUUCAGGUCCUUAGGAUACAUGACCAAUCAUAUGAAAAAUCACUCUGAAGCACGGCCAUUUAAGUGUGAUGAGUGUGACAAGUGCUUUCGGAAAAAGGCUGAUCUGAAGAAGCAUGAGCCCAUCCACAUGGGUGCGAAACCACACAAAUGCACCAUCUGCGGAAAGGGCUUCACCCAAGCAUUCUAUUGCAGAAUACACAUCCAGUCUCAUGCAAGUGAAAAUAACUUUCCCUGCACUCAUUGUCCAAAGAGAUUCCCAACCCAAUACAAGCUGUCUGUCCACGAGCGCUGGCACACCAUGGAGCGCCCGUUCAUCUGUGAGCAGUGUGGGAUGCGCUUCUUUCAUCCCAGUGGGCUGAAGAGGCACAUGGGCUAUCACAUUGGGAACCGCCCGUUCCUGUGUUCCCAGUGUGGAAAGACUUUUGUUUAUGAGUUUGACCUGAAGAAACACCAAAGGGACCAUGGCCCCAAGCCCAAGAUCCCAUGCCCUGUCUGCCAGAAGGUGUUUGGCAGCAACGGACUCAUUAAGGCCCACAUGUUUACGCACACCUCUGUAAAACCUUACAGAUGUGACAUAUGCGACAAGACCUUUAAACAGAGCAGCAGCUUGAGCAGUCACAAACGGCUGCACACGGGUGAACGCCCUUACCACUGCGACAUGUGUGGGAAGACAUACAAGCUGAAUCAGCACCUGAAGGAGCACAUCAUUAUCCACCACACGGAGGAGGGGCACCCCUGUGACCAGUGUGGAAAGGUCUUCAAGUUACCACGGCUUCUAAAGGCACAUGAGCGGUUGCACUCAGGAGAGCGAUCUGAGCAGACAAGGAAAUACAGUCACACCAGCCGUCGCAGGAGAAAUUCCUCCAAAAGGAGUUGAUUUUCUGCACAGUGGCUGCCCUCCACACACACAAUGACUGGGAUGCUCUUUUUUUGUCCUGACAAAUUGCCAUUAGCUGUAAUCAUAUUCCUCAUUUUUAGUUGUAGACAUUAGAUUUUUGACCAUUUCGGACCAUAAUUCAGGAUUCCCUAAAUAGACUGAACACUGAAAAAUGGUAUAAUGUCUGGCUUAAUUAAUGCAGCAACAAACAUGCAUCCUGUUCGAUAACAAUUAAUGAUUGUGUCAUUAAAACAUAUGUUUCUGAUGCAUUUUUUGGGAUAGGUUAUUGAAAUUCCAAUGACAUAAGAUGUGGAUUGAUACAGUGAGGGAAAAAAGUAUUUGAUCCCCUGCUGAUUUUGUACGUUUGCCCACUGACAAAGAC